UUUUACCCGUUUCUGUUCAGUGGACUGUCGGCCAGCAGCAGCAGCAGCAGCAGCGGAGAAAGUGGAGUGAAGUGAGGAGAAACCCCGACAAGUGUCCCCCCCCGGAGAAAACAACACUGAUCUGGAAUAAUCUAAAGCGUGUGCUCGUGUCUCGACAGGUUUGCUCCAUCGUUCUUUUGAUAACGGGAGGCAAGGAUGGCAAUGCAAAUGGGUGAAGCUGCCGACAGUGGUAUGGCGAAGGUGGAAAAGUGGCAGCAGACGAUGUAUGGCCUAGACUCGGGCAUCCAGUCUGGAGCUACCACAGUCAGAGAUGACGACGGCGAUUUCGCCACCUCCAAGCACUACACCAUGACCACCACUGUCACAACAGAAAAGCCAGACGUGGAUGCCCACUUCACUAGAGCCCAGCGGGUGCGGGCUGCAAUGUUUCCAGAGACGCUAGAGACGAGCACCACCAUCCUCUCGACUCAGACGGACCCGUCCCAGAUGACCAACGUCCAGCGGCUGGCGGAGCCCUCCCAGAUGCUCAAGAUCGCAAUCGUCCAUCUGAUCAACUACCAGGACGACGCAGAGCUGGCCACACGUGCCGUGCCUGAGCUCACCAAACUGCUCAACGAUGAAGACCAGGUGGUGGUCAGCAAGGCAGCACAGAUUGUCAACCAGCUUACCAAAAAGGAGGCGUCGCGGCGUGCGCUGAUGCAGUCCCCUCAGAUGGUGGCGGCGGUGGUGCGGGCGAUGCAGAACACCAGCGACAUGGAGACGGCACGGGCCACAGCCAGCAUCCUCCACAACCUGUCCCACCAGAGAGAGGGCCUGCUCUCCAUCUUCAAGUGUGGAGGCAUCCCUGCGUUGGUCCGCAUGCUCAGCUCUCCCAUGGAGUCUGUGCUUUUCUACGCCAUCACCACGCUCCACAACCUGCUGCUGCACCAGGAAGGAGCUAAGAUGGCGGUUCGUCUGGCUGACGGCCUGCAGAAGAUGGUUCCCCUGCUGAAGAAGAGCAACCCCAAGUUCCUUGCCAUCACCACAGACUGUCUGCAGCUUCUGUCUUAUGGCAACCAGGAGAGCAAGCUGAUCAUCCUUUCCAACUCGGGUCCCGAGGGUCUUGUUCACAUCAUGAGAAACUACAGCUAUGAGAAGCUGCUGUGGACCACGAGCCGCGUGCUCAAAGUCCUCUCCGUGUGCCCCAGCAACAAACUCGCCAUUGUGGAGGCCGGUGGCAUGCAGGCUCUGGGUAAACACCUCACAGGCGCCAGCCAGCGUCUGAUGCAGAACUGUCUGUGGACACUGAGGAACCUGUCUGACGCUGCCACCAAACAGGAGGGUAUGGACAGCCUUCUACAGGUGUUGGUGGGCCUGCUUAGUUCAGACGACCUCAACAUGCUCACUUGCGCCACCGGCAUCCUGUCGAAUCUCACGUGCAACAAUGCCCACAAUAAAACUCUGGUCACCCAGGGCAACGGUGUCGAGGCGCUCAUCCACGCCAUAUUACGUGCCAGUGAGAAGGAGGAUGUGACAGAACCUGCGGUUUGCGCUCUUCGUCACCUGACAUCACGCCACCAGCAGGCUGAGAUGGCACAGAAUGCUGUGAGGAGACACUACGGCAUCCCCGCCAUCGUCAAGCUGCUCAACCAACCCUACUACUGGCCCGUCAUCAAGGCUGUGGUUGGCCUGAUUCGCAACCUGGCCCUGUGCCCAGAGAACCAGGCCCCUCUGAGGGACGCUGGAGCGAUCCCACGUCUGGUCAACCUGCUGCUCAAAGCCCACCAGGACGCCCAGAAACAUGGUUCAUCCUCCCAACAGACAUACCAGGAUGGAGUGAGGAUGGAAGAGAUUGUAGAGGGCUCCACAGGAGCACUGCACAUCUUGGCAAGAGAUCCCAUCAACAGAGCAGAGAUCGCCAACCUGCAGACCAUCCCUCUGUUUGUUCAGCUCCUCUACUCUCCAGUGGACAACGUGAAGCGUGUGGCAGCGGGCAUCCUGUGCGAGCUGGCCCUGGACAAACCGUCAGCAGAGCUCAUCGACAGCGAGGGAGCGUCGGCUCCGCUGAUGGACCUGCUGCACUCCAACAACGAGGGCAUUGCUACUUACGCUGCAGCCGUGCUCUUCCGCAUCUCCGAGGAUAAGAACUCCGACUACAAGAAGCGGGUGUCUGUGGAGCUGACGCACUCUCUGUUCAAACACGACCCCGCUUCCUGGGAGAUUGCCCACAACAGCGUCCCCAUGGAAGGACCCUAUCCAGAUGAGCUGGACGCUGCUUACCAAGGCUACGGCGGUUAUGCAGCUGACAUGCCCAUGGACGCCAUGGAAGGAGUAAUGAUGCAGGACGAGUACCCAGGCGGCAUGGCCUACGACAGACAAGCGUACCCGGAAUAUUAAACAACCCUGAGGAGAUGGAGAUGUGGAAAAGGAAGUGCUGACAUGGGACAAAGAAGAGAAUAAAGGCGUCGGUAGAGAUUAUUCCCUCUGCUCUCUGCCUGAUGUAAUAUAUGCAAUUAUCACAGAGUACGUGACUCAUAAUCUUAACAGGGCUCAACUUUGUUUUAAAGCAUACUUUUGCUGAUUAUAACUUUGACGAUGCUUGUAGGUUUCUGUUAGAAAACCUUUUUAAGAGUGUAUGUGAGUGCGCAUGUGAGUGUGUGCGAGUGUUUGAGUGUUUAUGCUUUUGGGUGGGUAUUCUAUGCCAAAGAGAUUUUAUUUUGUGACGAUAAUCGUGUAGCUUCCACCUUUUCUUUUCUUUUUCUUUAAAGAAAAUGGGGGGAAAAAAUACAAUGAGUACUAGUUGAAAACACUGCCAGAGGAGGCUCGACGUGCACCUGCUCACCGCUCUGUUUCUUUCUUAACGCCUUUGUAAAAGUCACUGCUGUCUACGAUGUAGUUUUGACACUAUAUACUGUCAACUUUCUUCCGCUGUGACCAACUGUUUAGAGUCGGUGAAGAGUUAGUCUCGCAGCACUAAUUCAGUAGGCGUGAGCAAACUAGGAGAGGGAGGUCUUUGACACUCCUGAGAGAGCAGUGUAGGGCUGCCCCCCAACCCCACCCACACACCUGUAGGUGAACAAGAUGGUGGUUUGUUUUUUCAGGAAUUGUGGCUCAUCUUUUAUAAGUUAUUCACAACCAGAAUAUCAACAAAGAUGUCUUUUUGUUAGGAAAAGAGUGUGUAGGAGAACAACAUGGCUACAGUGGUUUUGCAGAUGUUUUCAACAGGCUGACUCAUAAUCAACAGUGUGAUAUAGUUGGGGAUGGCCCUACAGCUGGAGCAAACUACUGACGGGGAAAUUUGUCUUUCUACUUAAGAGUUUUUACUGAAAUUUUGUUUAAUAAAAAUAAAGGAUAUAUUAAACCCGA